UAUGGUGUAGUUGCUGUAAGUCAUGGUAAUGCGCGCAGCAGAAGGAGACAAGCGCUUCGAAAGGAGGACAAAUCUAACCAAUAAAGGGUUUUAAAGGGGAAUCUAUCGCUAAGGAUUCUGCUAUUCACUCUGCGAGAUGCGUCUCUCACGGAAACGCUGGACUAUUUGCACAAUAAGCAUCCUGGUGAUCUUCUACAAGACGAAAGAAAUAACUAGAAGUGAAGAACAUCAGGAAGCUCAAGUCACUGGUGAACUCGGCACUUCAAGACUUAUGGUCAAUAGUUCGGAGAAAAGCAGCAGGAGUGGUGUGCCUUCCUUUUUCCAGCACUCGGUGGAAGGAUGGCGGGUCAAUUCGUCACUAGUUCUCAUGAUAAGGAAGGAUGUCCUGCGUUUCCUGGAUGCUGAGAGGGACGUUUCGGUUGUGAAGAGCAGUUUCAAACCAGGCGACACUAUCCACUACGUCCUCGACAGACGCCGGACGCUCAACGUCUCCCACACGCUUCACAGCCUGCUACCGGACGUCUCUCCACUCAAAAACAAGCGCUUCAGAACGUGCGCGGUUGUGGGCAAUUCCGGUGUGCUUCUCAACAGCGGAUGUGGCAAAGAAAUCGACAGCCAUGACUUUGUGAUACGCUGCAACCUGCCGCCGCUGUCCGAGUUCGCCGAGGACGUUGGGCUGCGGUCCGACUUCACCACCAUGAACCCCUCUGUCAUCCAGAGGGCGUAUGGCGGCCUGAAGAACGCCACGGACACGGAGAGGUUCGUCCAGCGCCUGCGGGGGCUCAACGACAGCGUUCUGUGGAUCCCGGCCUUCAUGGUGAAGGGAGGAGAGAGGCACGUGGAGAGUGUCAACGAGCUAAUCGUCAAGAGGAAGCUGAGGGUGAGGACGGCCUACCCGUCACUGAGGCUCAUCCAUGUGGUGAGAGGGUACUGGCUGACUAACAAGAUCAAUAUCAAACGGCCCAGCACCGGAUUGUUGAUGUACACUUUGGCCACGCGCUUCUGCGACGAGAUUCACUUGUAUGGAUUCUGGCCCUUUCCGCGGGAUGCAAAUGGAAAUAUGGUGAAGUACCAUUACUACGACAUGCUCAAGUAUCGAUACUUCUCCAACGCAAGCCCUCACAGGAUGCCACUUGAGUUCAAAACGCUGAAAAUGCUGCACAGCAAAGGAGCUCUGAAGUUGACGACUUCGAAGUGCGAAUCUUAAAGUGCUCUUCCUCGACAGAGUGCCAGUUCGUGACAUACACUGACUCUUUGUUUGCGUUGCUAGAAAGCACACAAGGCUGUAAGACUGCUGAGUUGAUUAUGAAUAAUUGCAAAAGUAGUAAGUAAAAGUGAGCGUGCCUUUUUUUAAACGGACAAUGUAAAGGUACAAAACAAAGAAUGUAAUUGAAAAAUGAUUAGUCUAUCUAAAUGUCAGGUUUGGCAUUGUAAGCAUCAUGGCUGAGAAAUCAGGAAAUCAAUCCUUUGGAUGGAGCAUCAGAGACAACCAGAUUGAUUACAAUACCACGGAUUUCUACAUUGGUCAUUACAGUAGUUGUCUAGUAGACAAAGCACAAAGACCACUAAAAGCAGCGGUGGACGCGGUGUGUUAGCGAUCACCUGCUGGGUGUCGACCAAUGGUGGCGGUGUGUUAGCGAUCACCUGCUGGGUGUCGACCAAUGGUGGCGAUUCAACAUGCGGAAUCGUCAGAAAAUGACAGUCCAAGGGGAUAUUCUGGUCAGAGGCAAUAGGACGGCCCCCAGCAAACAUGAACCCCAUUGGCCCCAUGUGGGUAUUCGAUGGGCAAGCCCACGUCUGCCCGAAACGGGCUAGCCCACAACAAGUCCACAUCAGCUCAACACAGGCCAGCCCAAUGCAGGGCUUUCCCACACCAGCCCAACGCAGGACUAGCCCAUACCAGUCCACCUGAUCUUGGAUACUGCCAAUGAGGAAGUUUUUAAAAUAAAAACUUAAAUGAGUGACAUGAGAAAUUUGUGUUUCUGAUGUAAUGUAGCAAGGUCCCUAAAUACCUUUUUAAGGCUUGAAAAUUAUCAAAUGUAUGCAUUGAGUUGAAUUGUAAUAAAUAUUUAAAUUAUAGAAUAAACUGAUAAAUUGGCAUAGGACCAAUACCAUGAGCUCAUAAUGGGCAGCUGAUCCAAAGGGAAUGCUUAUUUCAGGCUAAGUGAGGGUUGCCUUCACCAGAUAUGGUCUGCCCGUAAUGGGCCACACUGGGCCAAUGCCUUGGGAGCCAGCAAAGGUGUAUCGGCCCAAUGUGGGCAGCCAACAUGGGGCCAAUAUUUUUGCCCACAUCAUGCCAAUGUGGGCAUGUUCGCUGGGCCACCGCUGGUUUCAAACGUUUUCGUCGUCAUGGCGUGUUUUGUCAGUAGGAAAAAGCAGAGAAUACAGGUUAUGCUCAGUAAAUUAGAUUUUGGGAUAUUAAAAAGAAAAAAGAAUGUGCCCAGGGAAGUUGAUUCCAAAGAUCCCAUGCCAAUUUAUUUGCCCUCACUACAAAACAAGGUUGUGUUCUUCACAGCUGAACUUUCUAGGAAUUAGAAGCCUCAGGGCAAAAUUAUUUUUAUAUUGGUCUAGAUGUCAGAUUAAUUUAUACAUUUUAAAUAUGUAUGCUGUUUCUAAGUGAUUCAUCUCAUGUUAUCUGAACACACCUUUUGCAAACUUGCAUGUUAAAGGGGAAUGGAAACGUACCUCGAGUUAGGCCUUUUUAGACAAUUGUUAUUCAUUUGAAUGCAUUAUUGGACUGUAUACAACAGGUGGGUCUAAUCCUGAAUGCUGAUUGAUUGAAACCGCAUUCCAGUCGGUGUCUUUUCCACAAAUUAUCACCGGCUAAAUCUAUGACGUUAAAAUGCCUAUUUAUUCUGUUCCAUCUGACUGCGCAAUCCACUGUCUCAUCAGCCCAGCCAGGCAAUUUAUAACCUUGAUCUCCACUAUAAAAAGCAUCUAGACAUUGUCUCACAUUUCUUGUAGACUAACAUUUAGUUUUCAACAAAGGCAAUUUGUAUAAACCUCGCUGUCUGUCUCUUCGACAUUUGCAACAUUGUUUCAGUAUUCAAAUUCGAUCUCCAGCUGUCCAAAAGUAAUGAACGUGUCGGGAGUCGGUUCAAGACAGACAGCCAGCGUUUCUCAGCCAGUCGAUAUCUUGAAUCAGCUGGCAAAAUUUUCAUGGAUUUAUAUACAAAGAAAUGUAAAUUGAAAAAAGGUCAAACGAAAGGAAGUGCAGCUAGUUUGCAGUCUUUCCAGCUUCUGUUUGAAGUGAUUGUGUUAGCUGUGUUGUUGGCUAGCUCCUCUGAACAACAGUGUCCUGACAAGUGAGCACAUUUUCUAUCCCAGGCAAAACCUCGCCUCAUUUGCUCAUUGUUAUGGAUGUAUCCAAAUAAAUGUCACUAGAAAACAGUUAAACAAAUGCAAAUGAAGCUACUUUGUUGUUAUUCUGGCUGCACUUUUUGACGUGACUGUAUGUUAGCCGUAGUUGGCUAGCUAGCAAGCAAGGGAUAAGAACAUUACCAGCCAGUAUGGCAAUGGAACAUUUAGAACGAUUGUCCAUAGAUAGAGAACAAAAGACUGAACGUCUGGGUCGCGUCUCUGGCAACCGAUAGAACGAACAACCAGCUGGCCUGGGUAGCAACCCCUAGAUUUGUGUCGGGACUAUAUCUUGUAAAAGGAUGAAAUAGUAUGAAUAAAUCAAUCAAAAUAAUGUUUUUAAUGAAAAUAUGUUAAAUCAUUAUUUGAAUAUGUUGGUAACCCGUUGUAUAAAAGUGAUAAUGCCCUCGAAACCGGUGUUUGGAUGAUAUAUUGAAGAAGUCUCGGGCGUAACAGCACCCGUGCCAAUAUAUCCUCCAAACACAGGCUUCUCUGACAUGAUCACUUAAGCAAAGUAUUGCACCUUGCGGUGUGGUGGAUUGUGAGGUUACAAAGCGGUGGCUGAGCCUCUACAGAGGACCCCCGGGGGAGUAUAAAUAGCCACUGACUGAUUCAUCUGAUCCAGUUCAUUAAACGUUACCAUUCCCCUUUAAACAGCUGAAUGUAAACACAGCCUAAUACCAUUGGAAUUAAUUGGUCUAUGUAGCCACUGCAAAUCUAAAAAUGUAUAAGAAAAAAAGCUGACAGGAAAGAUGUGGAGGUAUGGAAUUUAAUGUAAGCCUAUGAAUUAUUCAUUAGCAAUCAGAUCUUUCUGUGAUUGUUCUUAGUAACAGGAUUGUUCUUAUUAACAGGAUUCAACAUCCGUCUGUUUCACUGUUGAAUAUCUUUCAUAUCUCACAGAAGUACCUCUUAGAUAUUUUAUAUAUUUGAACUGCUGCAUGCUCAUGCUAUCCUGUAGUAACUUCAACUUCCUAUAUUUACAUAAUGUCAAGACAACUGCCCUUUUCCAGUUUCUUUAAUAGGCUUGAAUGUAAAUGCAUUUAUCUCACAAUAUGGAUGAUGUCAUGCAACUGCUAACGAAUGUUCAAAAAGAUCUGCCUCGAGGAGACAUUGUAUGCUCAAGGAAUUCUUAAUGACAUUUUCUUUACAUACCAAUUUAAUUUUUGUUUUUUGUUUUUUACUCUCAGUAUUAAGAAAGUCCAGUUGCUUACAGCUAAAAGAUUGUAUGUAUCUAAGGGGGGAAAAGUCUGGGACUGUGUUCAUAAAUCUUCCCACAGAAGUCGUGCUAGUCUGGGACCAUGUCCUCUCUGUCCAUGUAAUGUUAUUCUGAUCUAAAAGGAAAAACGGAUCCUAGAUCAGCACUCCUACUCUGAGCUGCUUUAUGAAUAGAGGCCCUGGACACCAGUGGAGACUGGAGCCCAUCCUCCUAACUUCUCCUUCCACCAGCCUCCACUGUAAGACACCAACUUCUGGUAUAUGGUGGCAUAAAUUAUGUAAAAUGUCCAAAAACGUUGCUUUGUAAUGAAUAAUACUGAUGUAAUUGGGUAUGUGGCAGGUCAUUUGUAAACGAACCACUGUCAAUGACAAUGACCUAGAUAGAUUAUGUUAAUGUACAUACAUGGUAACAUUGAAUAAGGAAAACAAUGAAUGUUAAUUAAUAUAUGGUAGGCUAACCAUUAUAACGAGACAUAAGGUUGAAUAACUUUCUUCAAUACUGCCACAAGCCUUGAAAUGAAAUGAAAUGAAAUGAAAUUGUUACGCCUCGUUUGCUUUGUUACACCAUGUGUCUGUUUUUGACUGUUCAUAACUCUGUAAUUUAUACAAUUCUUGUUUGAUGUUUAAUAUGUAACACCUGUAGUUUGAGUCAAUCCGAUCAGGUGCUGAAUGUCGUGGUAGAUUUUCAUCCUUUUUGGUAAAAUUUGAUACCAUUUUGUUUUACAGCUUAUUUUUUAUGUCAGUUUUCUAUGUUUGUGAAAAUGCGUUUUAGAAAAGUUAAUAAACUUGUAAAUUGAA